GUGCUCUUAUACAAAUGUGUGAUCAAUGGCUACAAGACAUGGAUGAAGGCAAAAUAAAUGGAGUUGUUUUUCUUGAUAUAUGUAAAGCAUUUGACUCGGUGAAUCACGAGAUAUUAUUGGAGAAGCUUAAAACCCAGUUUGGAAUUCACGACAUUGAAUUAAAAUGGUUCCAAUCAUACUUAAGGAAUAGAAAGCAAGUGUGUUCUGUUAAUGAUCAAACUUUUUCUGCAAGAACAAUAAUAUGCGGAAUUCCGCAAGGAUCCAUACUUGGUCCAUUAUUGUUUUUGCUAUAUAUUAAUGAUAUGCCUGAUAUUCUAGAAAGGACAACCCCAUGUCUUUAUGCCGACGACACUCAGAUAUCUUCCUCUUCGCAUGAUUACGAUACAUUGAUUGACAAUUUGAAUAUGGACCUUUCCAGUAUUCAUAAAUGGCUUGCUAAAAACAAACUAAAAUAUCAUAGGAAAAAAAACAAAAGUCAUGUUUAUUGGAUCUACGCAUAA